UUCAUGAGCUCCAGUUGCAAACUUCACUUUCAUUUCAUCCGCCAUCCCGACGCUCCAACUAAUGCGGGGGAAAAGGUCGCGACGAAGUGACGUAUCUGUUAAAGGUCGGAGCUCCUGUACUGACCACAAGAGACACACAGACUGAAAACCCAGACGAUCGGAUUCACCUUCAGAUCAAACUGACGACUUCCUCUGAGUGAGUUCAGCUCCAGGAGAGAAACGUGGAAAACUUCAUGACUGCUGCUUCAACCUCUCCACACACUGAAGCUUCACUCUGAGACAAAAUGGCUUCCACAUCAGAGGAGGAUCUCUGCUGUCCCGUCUGUCAUGAGAUCUUUAGAGAUCCUGUUGUUCUGUCAUGUAGCCACAGCUUCUGUAAAGACUGUCUGGACAUCUGGUGGAAAGAGAAACAAACACGUGAGUGUCCAGUCUGUAAGAGAAGAUCUUCAAAGGAAGAACCACCUUGUAACCUGGUGUUGAAGAACCUGUGUGAGGCCGUCUUGCUGAAGAGACAUCAGAGAGCUUCAGAGGAUUUCUGCAGUCUGCACUCUGAGAAACUCAGACUCUUCUGUCUGGACCAUCAGCAGACAGUGUGUCUCGUCUGCAGAGACUCAGAACAGCACACCAACCACACAUUCAGACCCAUCAAUGAAGCUGCACAACAACACAAGAAGAAACUUCAGGAAACUCUGGAGCCCUUAAAGGAGAAGCUGAAGGUUCUUGAACAAGUUAAAGUGAAGUUUGAUCAAACAGCAGAACACAUUAAGGUCCAGGCCCGACACACAGAGAGGAGGAUUCAGGAUCAGUUUCAGAAGCUCCACCAGUUUCUAAAAGAGGAAGAGGAGGCCAGGAUGGCUGCACUGAGGGAGGAAGAGGAGCAGAAGAGUCAGAUGAUGAAGGAGAAGAUGGAGGCUCUGAGCAGACAGAUAGCAGCUCUUUCAGACACAGUCAGAGCCACAGAGGACGAGCUGAGAGUUGAAGACGUCUCAUUCCUGAACAACUACAAGGCUGCAGUGGAAAGAGUCCAGCAGCGCCCCCUGCUGGAUGAGCCACAGCUGCUCCCAGGAGCUCUGAUAGACGAGGCCAAACACCUGGGCAACCUGACCUUCAACAUCUGGAACAAGAUGAAGGAGAAGGUCUCCUACACUCCUGUGAUUCUGGAUCCAAACACUGCUGCUCCAAACCUCAUCCUGUCUGAAGAUCUGAGCAGCGUGAGACGAGGAGAGGAACAGCAGCUUCCUGACAAUCCAGAGAGGUUUAAGUACUGGUCUGUCCUGGGCUCUGAGGGCUUUGACUCAGGAACUCACAGUUGGGAUGUUGAGGUUGGAGACAGUCCAGACUGGAUGCUGGGUGUGUGUUCAGAGUCUGUCCAGAGAAAAGGAGACAUAAAGUCUGGACUGUGGAUAAUAUGGUUCAAAGAAGAUAAAUACUUAGCAUGGUCACCAUCAGCUCCACACACUGAUCUCGUAGUGCAGAAGAAGCUCCAGAGGAUCAGAGUGAAUCUGGACUGGAAUGGAGGAAAGCUGUGGUUCUCUGAUCCUGAUACUAACACACACAUACACACCUUCACACACACUUUCACUGACAGGAUGUUUCCAUUCAUUCACACUUUGGGCAAACUGAAGAUCUUACCAGUGAAGGUCUGUGUGACAGUGAAACAGAGCAGUGGGAGAUAAUUCAGAAACUGUCAGGUGAUUGACUUUUACUUUUUUGAUGUUAUGACAAUUCUAUCUUCUUUUUUUCUGUCAAAUUUGUAUUUUUACUUCCUGGACCAGUAAUUCUCAGCCUCAUAUCCUUGAAGACCCCUGAACAUGCCGCUUAGAAAAGCUUCUGAUUGUUUCAUGGUGGUUACUUUCUAAAGCACAAAUAAUCAUGCUCACACCUCUGCAGCCCUGCAGGACGGUGUUAUGAGCUGACUGAUGGACCUGCAGCUCCUCAUCCAACCAGAACACAGACAGAGUGGAGGACAGAGACAAAGACAUAACCUGGUUGAUAUGAUUUCAGCCUGUAUUGUGACCUCACAUCCUGUGCACCGUUAUUGGCUGUACGCUACAAACUCACGACCCAAACGCAGAGAAACGCCCUCAACAAAGCAAUAAGAGGUUGAAGAAAGAGAAAAUACAGGAAGAUGCAUUGUCUCUGCAGAUACUACUCUACACUUCUACUGGGUCUCUUCCGCAUUUAACAUCAUUUGAAAUACAUCCAGACAUGCUGUGCAGCAGUUGAGCUUCCAGAUAAGUGUAUCAUAGAACAGUGAACUGGGAAGUGGAACCGUCCUUCUGUAACACCAGUUCUGCAGUACAUCUGCAAAAUGGUACCAAAUAGCUGACAUGAAAUUUGUUGCAAAACUCUACUUUACACAUUGCAUGUGCAGCAUACACUGAUCAGCCAAAACAUGAAAACCUCCUGUCUGAUAUUUCGUAGGUCCCCCUUAUGCUACCACAACAGCUCUGAGCUGUCAGGGGAAGGAACUCAGGACCUCUAGGGGGAUUUUGUGGUUACAGCAUGGGAAUGUUGGAUCCUUUGGAUCCUGCGUAUUGAGGGUGGGGCCUCCAGGUGGCCUCAAGGCCUCCCACCUGUGGGUAGUGGAUGUCAAGGAACAUCCACAUGACUGGCAGAAGCCAAAGGUUCCCCAGAACUCUGCAGUGAAGACAAGCAGAUGAUUAAUGUGAUCCACUUCACCUGUCAGGGGGGUUCAUGUUGUGGUUAGUCAGUGUACACAGAUGACCUCUGACUUCAUAGCAGAAGAGAUGAUCACCCUGUGAAUAAAGUAUUGAGAGGAACAGAACACAGCACUCACACAUGUUGGCAGGACAGGAGAUACAUGAGCGUGUAACAUGCAGCUUCAGGGGAAGUUCUGCUGUUGCUGUUUGUAUCUGCUGAAGAAACUUCAAAAAGUCAAAUAAAUUCCCCAUAUGCACUGGCUUGGCAUCAGCUCCAUCAUGUAUUUAAUCGUCAUGUAAUCUAUGGGAUGUAAUAUAUAAAAACUUGUUAAUACAUUCUAGUGAUUCCAU